AUGACUCUGGCUAAGACCACUUUCCUUGUCGUCGUCAUCGCGUCUGCGAUGCUCCUCUCCGCCCCUGCGCGCGUCUCUGCCGCUGCGGCUCCAGCCAACGCGACUGCGCCUGCUACUUCUGCUAAAGCGACCGCUUCUGCUAAAGCGUCUGCCGCGCCUGCUAACAGGACUAAAUCUGGAAAUGCUACUAAAGUCGCUAACAGCGCGCACGGAGUGGCUACGGCGAGGCUGAGCAAGGGCGCGGGCGAAGGAAAGAACUCCACAUGCGCCUACUACGGAAACUACAACGCCAACCCUUACUUCGGCAAGGGACUCACCGCGAAGAUUCCUGACGCGCUCUUCAGCAAGCGAUGCGGCGCGUGCUUCAAGGUGAUCUGCAGCAACGACACGAAGCGCUGCCGCAGCGGCAAGGCCACCGUCACCGUCCGCGUCGUCGGCGCCACCAAGACGGAGGGGAAGCAGAUUUCGCUCUCCGCCAUCUCAUGGGCGAAAAUCGUGCAGGGUUCGGAAACUGCCCCUGUGAACAUCACGUACAAGCGCACCAACUGCGUUUCCACCGCCGGAUCGGCGGUGCGCGUGCGCAGCAACUCUACCGCGGAGCAUUUUAACAUUCAGAUGGUCGGCCUUGCCGGCCCCGGCACGCUUACCGAGGUAGAGCUUAGCGCGGACGGCAAGAAGUGGGUGAAGCUGACCCGCGACGGAAACAAGGCGAUCUGGGGAAUCGCGGGCAAGGAGGCGAAGGAUGUUGUGGGCGCGAAGAAAGCGAUGAGCGUUCGCCUCACUGCGGGACACACCAAGGAGAAGAUCACCCUCGCGAACGUCAUUCCUGCAGCCUGGAAGCCUCAAACGCUCUACUCGUCCAAGACCAACUUCAAGAAGCUCAUGGCUGAGGCCAACUCCAUCAGAGCUGCUGCUGCGUCGACGGCGAUAUCCGCGGCGCAAUCCGCGGUGCUGGUGACACGUGACGAUUCCAGUAUGGGAGCUUCAGCGAAGUCGUCGGCGUCUGUUGUGGCGGCAGUUGCAGCGUCGAUUAAGGCGUAG